AUGUCCGUACUUAAUGACGACUCCCUUCCAAGUACAUUACCAGAUGUCGACCAGCCGUCAUGUCAGCUUUUGGGGCCUACUGCUUUGAUUGUGCAAGCCUUGAUGGGUCUUCUUGUAAUACUUUCACUCGUUUAUAAGAGGCAUAGAGAGACACCAAAGCGUCCCUGGAGAAUCUGGCGACAGAUAUUGGGCCAAGCGUUCGUGCAUGGUGCCAAUCUUCUCGUUUCCGACCUUGUCUCAAGUCAUACAUCCUCAAAUGCCUGUGUAUCAUAUUUUCUCAAUAUCUUAAUUGACACCACCUUUGGCGUCGCUCUUAUCUACGUGACUCUUCACGCCCUUACCAAUCUAUUUACGGAGAAGCUCCAUAUGAAGGGGUUUGAGUCGGGUGUUUAUGGGACCCCUCCUUCAUUCGAAUAUUGGGCUCGUCAAGCAGCCAUCUACGUUCUCGCUUUGACUACCAUGAAAGUAGUUGUCAUCACUAUUUUAAUAUUUUUUCCAGGCAUUUAUGUGGCUGGAGAAUGGCUGUUAAGCUGGACAUGGAGUGACGAUGGAGACAGUCUACAAGUUGUGUUUGUCAUGGGAAUUUUUCCCAUUUUGAUGAAUGUGCUUCAGUUCUGGCUUAUCGAUUCUAUCGUCAAGGCCUCUGCCGCGGGUUCGGUAGCAUUGGAUGUGGAGCAAGGCAAUUAUCAGGACCGCGAACCUUUGUUUAAUGCAGCGGACGAUGACGACGAACAUUCAGAAAGAUUUAAUGCAGAUGCUACAAGAACUUCCCGCCAUUCCCUUUCCUCUCUCGAAUCUGGAGGCUCGCGCGAGAACGUUUCGUUUGGCACAGAAACUACUACCACUACACUGCCAGAUGAACGCAAAUCAGCUGGAAGCUCUUCUCGGCACACUGUAGACGUUCACGAAUAUCCGCCGAGUCUCUCAAGUAGUUUUUCAUCCAAUGCAUCUGCACCUACUAGCAGCAAAGUUCCGAGAGAAGCAAAGAAUCUUCAGAAGAAGUCGAAACGACGCCAACCGUUGUCGCCCCUGCCGCUGCAUUCCACCAAAAACGUCUUACAUUCAUCCAGUCAUACCAAAUCUACUAUACCCGCUACCCCAAGCCCUCCGGUUGAACCUUCAGUGAACAUUCAGGAUCGUGGUGAAUGGCCGGAUGUUUGGGACGAAUCAAACGAGUGGGAUCAACCAAACGAUCACAAGCAAAUUAGUUUGACCCAUGAGUGGAGUAAUUCACAAGCUAAACGGACGAAUCCCUGA